GCAAUUGGGGUCUUUGAGGCGAAUACGAGGCUGGGGCCGGUUACCGACCGGCCGCUUCUUGCCGAGGCAGUCCAGGCUUUACCCCUGGCGGUGGCCGCUGCGAGACAGCAUCUGUCAACGCUCCUCUUUUCCCCUCCUCCUCUGGCCGGGCCGGGCUCCGCCGGCUGCGGCCGAGAGGACGCGGGACCCGGCGCGGUGAGCCCAUCAGCUGUCAGGCGAGCGGCGAAGCGGCCGGAGGGCGGCGAGAGACACACAAAGAACGCGGUGGGCGGCGGCGGCGAAAGGGGGCGGCAAAUUCGGGACGGCAACUCCUCCUCGCGCCCGCUGGUGCCACCGCCGCCCGGGCUUGGUCCGAGGCCGCGCAGACAAUGCGGCCGGGCCCCAGAGUGCGGGGCGCCUGCGCUCCCCAGACCCCAACUUGACCGUCACCCUGCUCGCCCAGCCCCCUCCCGGGAUAGGGGCGCCCCCCUCGUUCCGACAGCCGGCGAAGGAAGUCUGCCGCGGCCGCGUAGCCCGGCAACUUGCAAGCCGGGAAAAGUUUGCGGCGCCUCCGCGGGGCGGCGCGACGCGGCCCGCCCCACGCGUCCGCGGUCACCGAGGGUGACUUUCUCGACUCGUCGUCAGCCGGGGCCGCAGCGCGGCCGGCGAGGACUGCGGGGAGGGCCGGAGUCGGUCCGAGGGCUCCCGCACCUGGGGCUGCGGGAACAUUAAAAAGCUCCCCAGAUGCUCCCUGCUCUGAUCAUUUCCCCUACAGCACCAGACAUGUUGGCAUCAUCUCUUAGUUGGGCCCUGUGACCAGGGAACCCCUCAUGAAACCACCGCUGCAGCCUGGAGAGUUGCUGUAGAAGAAGGAAAAAAAGAGGAUGACAACGCAACGCAGGAGGAGAUAAGUACCUCUGGACAAAAUGGAAGUAGUAGUUGUUGAACAGAGGGAAAAGGGAUGGGAGAAGGAUGUGGACUGCAAUGUUGCAGUGCCAGCUAAUAACUUUCAUCAUGUACCUCCUUGGCUCAGGUACUGUCUCUUCUACUCUUUUCCUUGUACUACCUUAUUUAGCCCUUAAUUAUAUACUUUCUUGACUCACUUUCAGAAACACUGAUUAUGUGGUCUGCCUCAAAGACAGAAUCCUAGUUUUGGAUUUUAGCCUUACUGAUCUAUAGCCUUGCAGGGGCUUACGGAUGGCAGCUGUCUCUCCCCCUUGGGAUCUAGCUUUUGGAAAUAUUGAAGGGAAGAGAUUUCUAUGAUCUUAUAGGAAAAGAUCCACAGUUCAUCUCCAAAUUUGCUUUUAUAGAGAAGUGUGUGUCACCAAAACAUGGAGAUAUGGUCAGAGAGGCCCCUACCCCCAGACUUUUAAUAUAAUUUUGCUUUCUAGGGCAUUUGUUCUUGUCAAAUACUUUCUCUUCUAUCAGCUCACUUGUUCCUCACAAAAGCCCAAUAAGGUAUUAAUAGUAUUAAACAGACCCCUGUGAAGCACCUCAAGUCUUUCUCUCUUCCCACUUCCAUUCUUGCACACCUUUUGCUAGACUAGUCUCUGCGUUCAUCACAUCAGGUUUCUAAAAUUAAAGUCCCCUAAUAACUUUCUGUUUGUUCCCUCAUCAAAUUGAACCUUUUAUGCCUGGCUUAUAAGGUGGCCUUAAAACCCCAUUUUCCUCUAAACAUUGUCUCUGUAGUUCAGGAACGUGGCAGGCUCAACAUGUGUGCAUGAGCCAUAUUGCUUCCCUCAUUAGUGAUACCUCCUCUCAAACCACCCAGAUUCUACUCAUUCUUCAAUUUCCAGCUUCUCCUUGGAGCCUUCCCAGAUCAUUAGCUUCUUAAAAAUCCCAGCUUUCUCUGAAUUCUGACGGUAGCCACAGUUAUUUGGGCAAUUAUGUCCUGGUCUUAAAGUCCUAAUGGGAAAAAAAAAAAAAAGUAUAUGGUGGACUUUAUGAAGAGAAGAAAGCACUGGACUGAGUUUUAAGACAUCUGCUAAGGAGCCGUGUAAGCCAAACCAGGUUACUUUACCUCUCUGGAUCUUUAUUUGCUGAUCUGUUAAGUGGAGAGGAUUGGGUCAGAUAAUCUUGGUGGUCUAUGCUCAUUCUGAGGUUCUUGGACAACUUGACCUAGUUCACGUGGGAUGGGAUUGAAGAUCUUACUGAGUUUUUGGAUGGAAAUGGUCAGUAAUGGGCACUCAGUGCCUUCAGGACUUGUUCUGUACUAUCCCAGAAAUUUCUGAUGCUGAACUUGGCAGUUUUUAAAUGCCAUACUCCUUUUUUCCAAACUCUUCAACCACAAGAAUUCAGGGAAGGUUAAUGGGGGGUGACUUAGGUAUCUGGAUAAUAUGUAUUGUGGACAAUAUAGCAUUAUCCUUGGGAAUGAUUUCAUAAUUGUUGAGUAAAUAGCAUCAACUUCUUGAUAAACCUUAGUCCUGAACAUUUCAUCUUCAUUGGAUGGUACUAUAUAGUAAUAUAUUUAUGUUUUCUUUUAAUCAUUUCAUAACUUAGAAAAUACUAACAGAGUCAAAACUCCAGGAUAAGUGAUAUAUGAGUUUUCUGUAGUAAUCUGGUUGGAGACAUGUUGUAAUUCUGCAUAUAUAUGUACACUUAUCCCAUGCACGUUAUGCUUAAACUAAGAAGGAUACCCCUGAAUUAAGAGGUGCUGUUAUACAUUGACCAGACUUAAGAAUAUCUCUUUAAAGUAUGUUGACUUUUAAUUGACCUUUGAAAGUUCAUUCUGUUAAUCAUACUCAAAGUGCUAAAGCUAUGGUUGACUGCUCUGGUGUUUUUAUAUUCAUUCGUGCUUUAGCAUAUAAAUUCUUCAGCAUAAUUGCUACUUAUUUAGCAAGAGUUUCCUUUCUUUGAAAAUGUGAGUUGUGCUUGUAUUUUCGUGUCUUUCUUUUUUUUUUUUUUUUUAACUUUGCUUCAGGCUGGGUAGUGGUAGAGGUUUGAAUUAAAAUGUUUUCCUGUCAGUAGUUGUAUGAGGUGUGGCUUCUUAAUCUAGAAGUAAUGGAAAUUUCUUGCUUAAAUGAAGUGCACUUUUCUUCCUGCAGAAGUUAGAACUCAAGUUACAAUGCUGAAAUUUAGACAAGCUUAACACUUCAAAACUGGAUAUCUUUAGCAGAAACUUUUGGAAAUUUUAAAUUCCAUUUGUGUAGAUUAAAAAUAUCAGUGCUAAUACUUUCUAUUAAAUAAGGAUUUAUCUAUUUUCAUAAAACCUCUAAUUAUAUUCCUUGAAUUGCUGUGAGUAGAAUUUUGUUGUAAACACAGUAUUUUUUAAAAUCUCAUAUAUUUUAAAAAUCUUAACAUUAUAUUACUAUAACUUAGAGAACAGAUGUUUACAUGUAUAAAUUUUUCUAGCUCUUAAAUUCGUGAAAUCAGUCUUUCAGAAGUAAUUUUUAAUAUGGUUAGCUGUCUUAUAGGUUUGUAAGUUGGUAUUUCAAUUUAAAAUUUUUUCAAUUUAUAUUUCAAUGACCAGGAAAAAAUAAACUUUUUGCUAAAUUCUAAUAGAAAAAAACACACACACACACGUAAUUGUUAAUAUCUGGUAAUUUAUCUUGAGACUCCAGACAUGUUUUUAGAAUAUUUUUACCUUAAAAGCAGUUUUAAAAUAGGAAAAUAAAAGUUUAAAGCAGAGUUUUUACUUUCAUGAGGUAAUUUUAUACUUCGCAGAUAGGUAGGCCCAUAUUCAAGAUCACUCUGAUCUCUGUUUAUAGUAAGUUUUGAUGCCAUUAUAUCAUUUACUUAUUUACACAUUAUAAACAUAGUAGAUGGCCCCAUUGUCAUGAAGCUGACAUUUUCUUAUCUCUUUUUCAAUAUUGUCCCCCCCUUUUUUUUUCUGUUUUCAUCAUAGCUGUCCUUUUCAUUUUAUUGUAGCCCUGACUCAAAAUGAAAGUAAGUUUGUUCCUCUUAAACAUUUCACUUGAAACUCUUUUUUUAGAAUAUACAGUGAAAUGUCUUGAAUAAUAUUAUCUAAAUAAUACCUAAAGAAUGCAAAUGACGUGCAAUGCUGAAUAGUCAGAUACAGGAUGUUCCAUGCUGAGGGUAGACUCAUAUUUCCACUUUAUAAAAUGUGGUUUCAGAAAAUAAAUAGAUGUGUUUCUUCCUUAAUAAUUAGUGUUUCAGGACCAAAAUUGACUAAAUAUGGAAGUUUAAGAUAAAGCCUGGUUUCUUAGGGAAUCUUUCUCAGUCCUUAGUAACUCUAUAGGAUUGAUGAUACAGUGACAACUUCAGUACGCUCAGUGUUCUUUUCUGUUUGAAGUCUGUUUUACCAUUGUAAAAAACUUAUUGUCGUUUGAAUUUGGGUAUGUGCAUUCAGAGAUGGUUUCCUUUAUUUUUAUUUUAUUUAAACAAAUACUUUCAUGUCCCAAACACUUUAUAAAUACUGGAAUAUUUAAUCCUCUUAACUCUGUAAUUGUAAUUAUCUUCAUUUUACAAUUGAGAAAACUAAGAUACAAAGUUUUAUUUAAUGGUAAGGCCUUAAGUAAGGGGAGCAUGAUAAGUGUAAGCAGAGUGGAAAACUUAGUAGUGCUAAGAAGCAACAGAAGUAUGUGCAAGAGUUUGGGAAGAUGCGUCUACUUGGAAAGGAUCAGGGACUCAACUGGGAUCAGUCUUAAAGAGCAACAUGUCCUCCUUCCUCAAUUUUAAGCCUUUGGGCUCUAGAAGUAAAGGGCAAACUUAGAAAGAGGAGGCACUCCUCAGGUUUCAGCUGACUGUUCCAGCCUGGUGAGGUAGCUGUACUGGCUCAUGUGAUUCUCAUAGGGCUACAUCAACCUAUGUCUUACCUCCUCCUAGCAUUUCUUGGCUGACUCCUGCUUUUUUGGAGGGUUUAACUUCUCUCUCAGCUAGAAGGUUAGGCAUUGCAAAUACCAGUGGGUAAUUUUUUUCUUAGCUUUAACCCCAGCCCAUUUCAUCCCCCUCUUUGCCCUUUGUAUAUUCUUUUGAAAAUAUGAUCCAGUAGUGUUUAUGAAUGUGUGUUGUAUAAAAUUUAGAGAUUGAUGUUAACAGAAUUAAAGGACAAAGCUGUCUUUUUUUGUUGGAAUUGGGGGAUGGAAGAAGAUGGGAGAGCAACUAAAAGCAGGAAAUAUGGAGAAAGGAGAGACAUUGUGGAAAAGAAGAGAUAUAUUGAGGGGAAAAAAAGGGUGAAAAAAUGAAGAGAGAAUUACUGAUGUGCUUCACACCCACACCUCCUCUCCAACUUCACAGUAACAGAGGCAAUGUCACUGUCUUUUACCUGACAAGUGCUUUACCAGGGAGUUGUGCCUGGCAUCGUGGGAGUGGAAAAUUUCUCCCUUUUGCAUUUUGAGACUUGGGUGUGCUGCUUUAAGAUGCCACUGGUAUCUAAGUAAUGUUUGUUUAUACUGGAUAUUUUUCUCUGUAGCCUUUGUGGAUUGGACUUGUAAUAUAAACAAUAUUGUUAGCAGAACUGCAGGUACUCUAUUGCUAUGUUUAUUUUAUUAGUUAAAAAACUACCAGAGCCCUAGGACUUCUGAGCACAUUUAGAAAAUACCAGAGGCAAUUUUAAGACUAGCAUUAGAAAGAAAGAAAAAAAUAAGAAUAAAACUAAGACUUGCGUACCUUAGAAUCCUAACCGAUGUGGUGAUUUUUAAAAAUUAAUGUUUCAGAGACUCUAAAUUAGGGUCGUUGGUUUCAUCAAUUACAUUUUUUAAGUUAAUAUAAAGUACUUUUGUAUAUAAGUUCUCUUUUCUUAACAGAUAAUUUAGGUAAAAUGGAAGUGUGGCAUUUUUUUGUUCCAUAGAAUGUAAAAUUAAUGUCAGAAUAAGAAUUCUUUUGGGAAUUUAGGAUUUUUUGGGUGCUUCUCAAAUCAUCUAUAAUGACUUUUCUUUAUAGAAAAGGUAGAUUAUUCGUUGGUUUUUAUGAAAAACACUAAGUUUAAAUAGCUAGGUGUGGUGGCGCGGCUGUAGUCCCGCUACUCGGGAGGCUGAGGCACGAGAAUUGCUUGAACCUGGGAGGCAGAGGUUGCAGUGAGCCGAGAUCGCGCCGCUGCACUCCACACUGGUCCAGAGUGAGAUUCCGUCUCAAAACAAAACAAAAUUAUUGAGCUAAUCUUAAUGGUAAAAAUCUAGAUUUGAAGAAAUUUUUUUUAAAACAGUUGUUCAUUUGUCAAAUAGAAAAGUAUGAUCUUAGCAGGUUUGGUUAGAUCCUUAUCUGAAAUAAAGUAAACUAAAGAUGUUUUUCUUGAUAAAUGCUUGGGAAUCACCAGUAAAUUGGGGGAUAGAAAGCAGGAAAAGGAGCUUUUUUUCUUAUUUUUUUUCAUUUAUCAGUUUCUCCCACUUGUCCAUCCUUUCCUAUAAUCAUGGAAAUUUUUAUUUUUUGCACUGUUCUCCCCAUUUGUUUAUCCUAGAUUGCCACCACAGCAAGGUUUUCUAGAGUUAGGCAGAAAGAGAACCUGGGCCUAGAAGCUAAUGGAAGCUAUCCCAUGCUUUCUCAGACUCUCUUUCCUCCCUAGAGAUAAGAGGAGCAAAACAGGAGUUGAUGGCUCAUUGCUGUUGCUUCUGUGGCUGCCCUGUUUGGUUGACCUAAGCUUUUUUAAAAAACCUCCACUCUUGAUGCUUAACUCUACGAAUAAAAUUAGGGCCAGUCACACUGUAUUUUCAUCAUCAGUUAUCCCUAGUGAUUCAAAUUUAGCACAAACCUGCUGUGAGUACAUAUUAAUUAGGUGAAUACAGUAGAAUGCAAUCAUAACAUGAGUCUUUUAAUAACUAUUCUUUGUUUGAUUUUUAUUUUAGAAGUUUGCAGUUAUUUUGUUGAAAAUCUAGAAGAUCUUUAUGUGAGCACCUGAGGUUUGGGUAGCCCCACAACAGUUUAAAUCAAACGUUAACUUGCAGUAAAACUCUACUGAAAGUGUCUUUGAUUUCGAGGUGCAGAGAGCUGUUUCAAGUUAAGUUGCUAUAUUAGUCUGUUCUCAUACUGCUAAUAAAGACAUACCUGCAACUGGGCAAUUUAUUAAAAAAA